CUGUGCUCCGCGCGCCACUCGCUGCUGCUAUUGGAGUAGUAGCAGUGCUGACUCUUCUAUACACAGUCGUCGUCGUCGUCGUCAGUUUCUCCAUACACUUCGUUGUGUUACACUGCGGCUGAUACUACGGCAGAAGUCUCGCAGCAUCGCGUGCGUGCGCACAGUGUGUGUGUACGAUACAGUGCGCGCGGCGGUGUUCGUGUGCUGCUGCUAGCUGCUAAAAGUGAGUUUGGUGCCGUUGAAAUAAAUGUGAAGGUCUCCAAUUUUCUGGCGCGUGACAACAAUCGACCGAGAGCGAUUUGUUUGUGUCAUCCGUAUUAUCACGCGCACUGUGCGCCCGUGACUAUAUAAUAAUCGUCAUCGCGCAAGGGACAACAUACGUGUGUCUGCAGCGGGGGUUUUUUUCGGCGGCGGCUCCCACCGUUGGAUUAUGGACGUCGUCUCCUCGUGUCGUCGAGCUGAAUUAUGGUCUCGCGAUACGGCGGCGGCGGCAACAUCAACGGUAAUAACAACGACGACUACAACGACGACAACAACGAGGACGACGACAGCAACGAGACGGAAGAUUGCGAGGCGCAGCGGCUCGUCACGAGUAGUGGUAGUCGAGGCAUGAAGGAUCAUCGCGUCUAUCAUCACAUAACCAGCGCAAGCAGUCGUCAUCAUCACCAUCAUCCACUGUCGUUGUCCUCCGGAGGCGGCGGCGGCGGCGGCGGCGACAUGAUGCUCAACGGAGGCAGAUUCUGCCUGAGGCCCGGCUACUACAAGUGCCUCAGCAGGACCCUGCUAGCGCUCGGCUUCAUUUUCGUCAUAUGGCAGAAUUACAGCAAUUGCAAAGCACAGGAAGAGUUGUGCAAAAUGACCAGAGAUUCUCUGGAGGCGAUCAGAGCUACCUCGAUAGCCUGCCAGAAUAUCAAGGAACCGGUACAUAUGCCAAUGCCCACCAGUGCAAAGCUAUGCGACGCAGUCGAAGACUUCAACAAGUUGGGCAAACCGAAUGAUGGGCCUGUCAUUUAUGCUAUAACCCCUACUUUUACCAGACCUGUACAGAAAGCAGAGCUUACACGUUUGUCGCAGACCUUUUUGCUUGUACCAAAUUUCCAUUGGAUAGUUGUUGAAGAUUCUCCAAAGAAGACUCCUCUAGUUACUAAUUUCUUAGCGCAGAGUGGCCUUAGAUAUACUCACAUAAAUGCGCCAACUCCCUCAAACUACAAACUUGGCAAACAUGAUCCUAAUUGGAAAAAGCCAAGAGGAGUAGAGCAAAGAAAUGCUGCUCUAAGAUGGAUUAGAAGUAACCUGAAUGAGAGUAACAAUGGAGUCAUCUUUUUUGCAGAUGACGACAAUACCUACUCUAGACACUUAUUCAAAGAAGUAGCAAAAGUGAAAAGGGUUGGUGUAUGGCCUGUGGGUCUUGUUGGUGGUCUAAUGGUCGAAAGACCAAUCUGUGAUAAGGCAACAGGAAAAGUUACUGGCUUCAAUGCUGUCUGGAAACCAGACAGACCCUUCCCUAUUGACAUGGCUGGAUUCGGCAUUAAUUUACAAGUAAUUUUAGAGAAGAAAACAGCUUUGUUUGCCUAUGACAUUCAAAGUGGUUUUCAAGAAAGCGAGAUACUUAAACAAGUAACGACUAGAGAUGAAUUGGAAGGAUUGGCCGAUGGCUGUACAAAGGUCUACGUAUGGCAUACCCGGACUCAAGCACCAGUCCUAAACACAGAAUCAAUUCUCAACAAAAAAGGAAAAUCGUCCAACGAUGGAAUCGAAGUGUGAUAAAAAUAAUUCCGUCCAUAGUUUUGAUGACGUUAAUUGUUGAAAUGGUGGAAUUAUAAUUUAAAUUAUAAUUAUAUUUAUAGUUACAUGCAUAAUUGUAUUUGUAAUUAUUAAUUUAAAUGAGAGUCUGUGUCUUGGAUAUAAGCCAUGUCAUAAUAUGUAGCAUAGGAUAAUAACCAUUACAGUGCCAGUUUUACUUUUUAAACUUCUUAUAAAUUAUAGAUAUUAUCAUAUUGUAAUACCAUUUCCGAAGCACUCAUUUUAGCGUCAAAGACGCAUUUUACACGCUGUUCCAUGUAGGGUCGUAAUAAUUCUAAAGAUGCUUUUUCAUCGAUGCUUUGGCCAAAGCUAUACAUAAUCUAACGCAAAAAGUCGUGAUCGAGCUGAUUUAAAUUUUUUUUAAGCGAUGAACAAUUGUAAUUAAGUAUUAGGUAUAGUAACAUAAUUGAAUAUACUCAAUUUAAAUAUAAAUAAUAAGAAACGAACAGUGUGCAUCAUGUUAAGUGCCGCCCUCAUGAUAAGAAAGGGCAUUUGUGAAAAUUAUAAAUCUUUUCAUUGCAAUCAUACUCAAGGCUGGGUUUUUAAUUGUGCAACUACUUUCGCUUCAUUGCGUUUGAUAUGAAAUAUAAUUUAUAUAUUAAAUUAGUAUGUAAGUAUUGAUCGUGGGGUAUUAUGGGGAGAGCAAACGACAGGUUUCGUGCUCCCUUUUUUCGUCAUUGUUUGCAUUCUCUGGCGAUGCCGUGCGAUAUUUUUAACAAAAUAAUUCGCAAGGCUCUGUUGUACAUUUUAAGUUGAUAAUAAAAUUCUUAUAAGAAAAUCAUCAGGAA